CAUGGUGAGCAAUGGAAGCCAGAUGCCUGCACUACCUGUCUGUGUGAAAGAGGAGAGGCUAAGUGUCUGCGACACGCCUGCACCACAUUGACCUGUCAUAAGGAGGAGAACAAAGUACGGCGUCCCGGAAAAUGUUGUGAAGAGUGUGUGUCUUCCAAACGGAGCUGUGUACACAACGGCACCAUCAGAUACCAUGAUGAAAUGUGGAGUGGUGCUCCCUGCGAGUUUUGCGCGUGUCAAGAAGGUCAAGUAGUGUGUUGGAAUGGAGAGUGUGCCAAAGUGAAGUGUGACCAGGGUGAAGAAUUGAUUCAUUUAGAAGGCAAGUGCUGCCCUGAAUGCCUUUCAAGAGGUGGGCCCUGUGUUUACAAAGAACAUACCAAAGAUGUAAGUGGCUUGAUAAUGCGGAGCACGGAGAACAUUCUGGGCCAGUGCCAUUCGGACUGCUUGACAUGCUCACAAUCUUUCGAUCACUGUGAUGUUUGCCGGGACACAACUAAGUGGCUGCAGAACGGGCGCUGUGUGGACAGCUGUGGACUUGGAUUCUAUCAGGAAACUGGGCUUUGCUUAGCUUGUGAGAAGACCUGCUCUACGUGUCGUGAUGGGUAUACGUGUUCUUCGUGUCAAGAUCCACUACUCUUGAAAAAUGGCCGGUGUGUGACUUCCUGUGGGGAAGGGUUUUUCCCAGGACCACUUCAGUGCAUAGCUUGCCAUGAAUCCUGUGCUACUUGCCAGGGCCCCACGGCAUACAACUGUUCGACCUGCAAAGACCCCUCUCACGUGUUACUGGAAGCCUUCUGUGUUGCCCAUUGCGGCCAGGGGUUCUACAUUAAAGAUGGCGUUUGCAAAGCUUGCAACGAGGACUGUGAAACGUGUUACCCAGACCGUCCUGCCUGCUUACACUGUGCAGCAGACAGAGUUCUGCAUGAUGAGAACUGUGUGUUAGAAUGUCCCAGCGGCUACUAUGCAGAUAAUUCCCAGAGAUGCAGAGUUUGCCACAAAUCUUGUGCCAGUUGUGUUGGGCCUUUGGCAACCGAGUGCAUUUCUUGCUCCUUUCCUCUUGCCUUACGUCACGGUCAAUGUCUUUCUGCUUGCGGAGAAGGCUUUUAUCAGGAUCACACCAUCUGCAGAGGUUGCCAUUCAUCUUGUCGUGAAUGCGUCGGCCCAGAAUAUUUCCACUGUGCACGGUGCAUCAAGCUAGAGGACGCGCUGCAACCACAAAUGAACAUUGAAGGAACAUCAGUUGGCAUUUGCUUACCCCAGUGCAAAGUUCAGUUCUACCUCGAUAAAGAUGGGAUAUGUAAAGAAUGCCACACCUCCUGUCUGUCUUGCACAGGGAACCUCUCAGGGGAUUGCACAGCAUGUAUAUCUCCUGGAAUCCUUCAUGAAGGCCAGUGUCUUUCUGAGUGUCCGGAAGGAUGGUAUCAUCGGGAGGCCCGCUGUUAUGCGUGUCAUCCUUCCUGCAAGACAUGCCAUGGAUCUUCAGAAGCUGACUGCGUGGUCUGCCAGCCCCAUGCUACUUUUGUCGACGGAAGAUGUAGGACGCCCUGCCAGGAGGGGCAGUACCUCAACCUGGUGGGAUACUGUGUUGAUUGUCACUCCUUGUGUAGUCAAUGUGUGGCGGAUCUCAAGGACGAAGGAAGCAUCUGCUUGAAGUGCCAAAACAGCCAUCACUUGUUCCUCAAGGACCACUGCAUCCUUGAAUGUCCUGCAGGAUACUACAGGGUUGACAGAAUGUGUCAAAAAUGCCACCCUUCAUGUAAAACAUGUGAAGGGGAAGGCCCUCUCGCCUGCACUUCCUGUGACUCCAGCCUUGUCCUCUCUCACAUGGGCAGCUGCACCUCGGCUUGCUUCCUCGGAUUCUACAAGGACAAGAACCUGCAUUGCAAAUCUUGCAGUGGCCCAUGUCUGAGCUGUGAUUCAGAAACCAGCUGCACAUCCUGCAGAGACCCGUCCAAAGUCUUGCUUUUUGGGGAAUGCCAGUAUGACAGCUGCGCUCCACAGUACUACCUUGAUUUCCCCACCAGGACCUGCAAAGAGUGUGACUGGAGCUGCAAUGCCUGCGACGGGCCUCAGAAUACCGAUUGCUUGCAGUGUAUGGACGGAUACGUUCUCCAAGAUGGCGCCUGCGUGGGGCACUGCCCGCCAGCUUUUUACCGGGAAUCCGACAGGUGUCAACGGUGUGAGGACAAGCACUGCCUCCAGUGUCAGGCUCUUGGUGAAUGCACCCGCUGUGAAGCUCCGUUCUUCCUCAUGGGUUCACUGUGUGUCUCAACAUGUGGGAAGCGAUUCUAUGAAGACCGUGGAGAGCAAAAAUGCUCAGCCUGCCCUAAAGGAUGCUUGGAAUGUGAUGGAUCCAGUGCGUGCAGAGUUUGUGACAGUUCCGUCUUUCUGCAAGAAGGCCGCUGCGUUUCCCACUGUGGCCAGGGCUUCUAUGCCAAUCCUCGGAGCAGGGAGUGUAAAACUGCCACAAACACUCUGGUUCUGAAGGCGAAUGGCUCGUUCCGGGUAGGAAUUGGCAGCACGAAGCCUCUUGACCUCUCUUUCCUGGAGGUGUUGGGCCUUGGUGGUUCUGUAGAAGAUGUCUUGUUUCACGUGGUUGGCCUUCCCACCAAUGGCAGGCUGGUGGCCAUGGCUAAUGCUAAGAAGACAGAGCUGAGCCAGGGUGACCAUUUCACAGGGGAGGAUUUAAAAGGACAGAGAGUUCUCUUUGUGCACGACAAGAAAAAAUCCAGGCAUGGAGAGUUUUCCCUAAAGAUCAGCCAUCAACGGAUCUUCUCUGAACCAGAAGUAUUUACUGUUCAAGCCCUAUCAACACAGGCCCCUUAUGUGUUGCGGAACGAAGCCCUCCUCCUUAACAGAGGGGAGACUAGAUCCAUAACACAUCUCCUGCUUAACAUUGGAGACAAUGAUAACCCCCAAGAUGUGACGAUGACCGUUUUAGACCCUCCGCGUCAUGGACAGUUGAGCAAGCGUCUUGGAGACACACAGUCAGUGAUCCAUCAGUUCCACCUUGAAGACCUUUCCAGCGGUUUUGUGCAGUACACCCAUGAUGGAUCCAACAGUUUAGAAGACACUGUUGUUCUACAGGCCAGUGAUGGAUACCACUUUAAGAAUAUCCUCUUCCAUGUCAAGAUCGCACCAAAUAGGGACGGGGUCCCCCGUCUGGUUACCAGCUCAAUGGUGUGGGUCCCAGAGGGAGGAAUGCUUCAAAUCACUAACAGAAUUCUGCAAGCCGAGAUGCCGGGGGUCAGUGAUUCUGCACUCAUCUACACAAUUAGCGACCAACCACGAUAUGGUAAGUGGGGAUGCGCUUUAGAUGACCGCGUGACUCCAAUAGAGCCACAUCAUCUCUCUUUUAUCAACUCGGAGAGCCCAGAGGAAGAAAUUGUGUACAAUGUGACUGUGCCCUUGACUCCAAAUCAAGGUGUUGUUGAGCACAAGGAUAAGCCACUCUUCCCGGUGAAAUAUUUCACCCAGGCAGACAUCAACAGUGGCAAAAUUGUGUAUCGUCCGCCUGCCGCGGCUCCACAUAUGAGGGAGAUGAUGGAAUUCUCCUUUGCAGGUCUCCCUGAAUCAGUCAGCUUUCAUUUUACAGUGUCAGAUGGAGAACGCACCAAUCCGGAGAUGGUGUUCACCAUUCACUUGCUCUCCUCUGGUGAGCAACCCCCCUUAUUCCAGUUCACUGCUCCCAUCCUUGAGGUCAGCCAAGGAGGCAGAGCCACUAUCGGCAUACGUCUGACGAUCAGCAACGUGGACAGAACCCCUGAAGAUAUUUUCUUUGAGGUGGUGGAACCGCCUGAGCACGGCGCUCUCCUCAAACACGACUCUGGAUUUUCUCACCCCCUGAGGGAAGGCGACACCUUCACUUAUGAGGAAAUCACCCACAACGCUCUGCAGUAUAUCCACGAUGGCUCAUCUACGACUGCGGACAAGAUGGAGAUUUCGGUAACCGAUGGCCUUACCACAGCAACAGUGGUGCUGAAAGUGGAAGUGACACCAAGGGAAACCGAUGGUCCCAAAUUGGAUCCUAGCUGCUCAUUGGCCAUUGCGGUCGCCGGUAAAAGCUCUGUGACCAUCACCCGAUCGCACUUGGCAUAUACUGAUAAUAAUUCGCCUGAUUCUAAAAUAAGGAUUCAGUUAAUUUCUCUUCCUAUGUAUGGCACUCUUGUGCGGAUGAUUCCCAGGCGACUGUCCGAGUUUUCUGAGGCCUAUAAUUUCACAAUGGAAGACAUCGACCAUCAAAGAAUCAGGUAUGCUACAGAAUUUGAGACCCUCCACCAGCCCGUCACAGACAUUUUCCACUUCACCGUGUUUGAUGCUGAUGACAACCGCCUGGACAGUCAGAUGUUCACCAUCACUAUCACACCUCCCCAGAGUCAGCCUCAAAUCAUCGCUUUUGCCGACCACAUCAUGGUUGAAGAAGGAGGCCAGGUCCUGCUUGGGGCACAUCACAUUGUAGCCCCUGAUUCUGAUCUUGCCCAUCAAGAUCUGGUGAUAAAAAUUGUGACUCUUCCAAAAUAUGGGUAUAUUGAAAACACCAAGACAGGCAGGCAAUUUGGCCCUCGAAGCGCCAUGAACUCAGAUCUUUCGUUCUCGCUUCAAGAUGUGAUGAAGAACCAUAUCUAUUACUUUCAAAGUGUCCAUGAAAGUAUUGAACCCUCCAUGGAUACUUUUAGCUUUUAUGUUAGUGAUGGCUUCAGCCAAUCUGAAACCAGCAGUGUCAACAUCACUAUUAAGCGUUUGAAUGAUGAACCUCCUGAACUCCAACUGGAGCCCAUCAAAAUACAGGCAAGCCAAGGGGCCGUGAUCAGAAAUUUUUCCGUGGGGAUAAAAGACCCGGACACACCUCCCAACCAGCUGAUCUUUGUAUUAACAAAGAAACCCACUUAUGGUUUUGUCCGCAAGAGGUCAUCUCCCCUGGUUCCCUUGGAGAAGGGCCAAAUUGUCUCGGAAGGCUCGGCCUUCACCUAUCAGGAUAUCCUGGAGGAACUGAUGGUUUACACGCCAAACACUUUGAGAAGCCAAUCAGAUGAGUUUAGAUUUUCACUUUCGGAUGGUCUCUACACACGGACGGGCGCAGUUGAGUUCACCAUGGCACUGCCAAGGAUGGAACCGCCCAGAUUGGUCGUGAACAGGGGCCUGCAACUUCCUGCUGGCUCUCUUGCAGUUAUUACGGACCAGCACCUGAAAGCUGCAGACGUAGACUCGGAUGACCUGACUCUCAGAUAUUUUAUGAAACAGGAUCCCAGCGUUGGCCUCCUGCGUCUGCAUAAAACGGAUUCUUUGCUUCCAAUCUCUGCCAAGGGACCAGUCAAAAGUUUCACACAGGCGGAUAUAAACAAAGGGAUGGUGGAGUACAGCCAUGGAAAAAGGGAGCGUGGCGGGACAGUUGCCUUCAUCUUUGAUGUGGCAGAUGUGGAAGGGAAUAAAAUAGAGGAGCAGACAUUUCCGAUCAGCAUAAUAGAGGACCAGUUGCCUCCAUCUGUCAUUGUCAACACCGGACUGACCCUGGAUGAAAACUCAGUUAAGAAGAUCACCACCCUUGAGUUGUCAGCCACGGAUCAGGACAACGAGCCCAGUGAUCUCCUGUACAGGAUCACCAAGCAACCUCAGCUCGGACAUUUGUCCUCUGCGCUUAUUUUUUCCACACUAGGCAGGAGGAUAAGCUCCUUCACACAGGCAGACCUGGUCUCUCGCAGCAUACAUUACAUCCAUACCAGCGAGGCCGAGAAGCAUUCUGACAGGUUCACGUUCUCUCUCUCUGAUGGGACAAACGAGGUGAGCCAGAAUUUUGACAUCCCCAUUAACCCAGUAGAUGACUCUUUACCGGUCGUGCAAAGUGCUGGGAUGAAGGUCCAGGAAGGGAUGAGGAAGACCAUCACAGAGUUUGAGCUGAAGGCCAGAGACAUGGACACAGAGGCCAAGUCUGUUACCUUCACAGUUGUGCAGCCUCCACGCCAUGGCCUGAUUGAACGUGGUCAUGAUGGGCACCAUCGCCAGACCCAUGCCUUCACAAUGGAGGAUGUCUACCAGAAUCGGAUCAGUUACAGCCACGAUGGAAGCAACUCGCUGGAGGACCGCUUUACCUUCACUGUGUCUGAUGGAACAAAUCCCUUCUUUGUUGUAGAGGAGGAUGGUAAAGAGAUUGUGACCGCCAUACCCCAAUGGUUCAGAGUAGAAAUUCUUCCUGUGGAUGAUGGAACCCCACGAAUCAUCACAAAUCUGGGCCUUCAGUGGCUGGAGUCUAUGGAUGGCAAGCCAAAAAAUCUGAUCACUAAGAAGGAGCUGUUGGCGAUGGAUCCUGACACAGAUGACAAACACCUUGUCUAUGAGGUGACGACGGGACCAGAACAUGGCUACGUGGAGAAAAAGAUGCAACCAGGAAUACCCGUGACAACCUUUACACAAGAGGACGUCAAUUUGGGAUUAAUCCAGUAUGUUUUGCAUGAGGAGAGAACUCAAGAAACAGAAGAUAGUUUUCAGUUUCUGGUAAAGGACAGCAAACCCAGUAUGGUCACUAACAAUACGUUCCAUAUCCAGUGGUCUGUCAUCAGCUUUCAGCACACCAGCUACAACGUUAGUGAAAAGGCUGGCUCCAUCAGUGUCACAGUGAAGAGAACGGGUAAUCUCAAACAAUAUGCUAUUGUUCUCUGUCGUACUGAGCAGGGAACGGCCACAUCCAGCUCAAGUCUGCGGCCAGGAGAACAGGACUAUGUGGAGUAUGCGGGCCAGGUCCAGUUUGAUGAAUGGGAGGACACUAAAUUCUGCACCAUUGUCAUAAAUGAUGACAACAUUUUUGAGAACACUGAGAGUUUCACCGUGGAACUGAGCAUGCCUGCCUAUGCUUUGUUGGGGAGCAUCGCCAUAGCCAAAGUCUUCAUCCGUGACGAGGAAGACGAGCCAACCCUGCAGUUUGACAAGAAAGUCUAUCACGUCAGCGAGAGUGACGGCGUUCUCUCUGCCCCCAUUGAAAGGAAAGGAGAUACUAGCAGCAUCGUAUCUGCCAUUUGCUACACGGUGCCCAAAACUGCAAAAGGCAGCAGUGCCCACACCCUUGAAUCUGGUUCGGACUUUAAGUCCAGAGGGAUGUCCAGUGAGAAUCGUGUCGUGCUGGGGCCCGGCGUCACAAUGACCACCUGUGACGUCCAGCUGAUUGAUGACAGCGAAUACGAAGAAGAGGAAGAAUUUGAGAUUGCGCUCACCGACACCUCGGAGAAUGCACGCAUUGGGAGCAUUGCCUCUGCCAAGGUUAUGAUCAGUGGGCCAAACGAUGCCUCAACCGUGUCCCUCGGAAUGGCUACUUUUACUGUCAGUGAGGAUGCAGGAAUUAUUGAAAUCCCAGUUCAUCGGCACGGUCCUGAUCUCUCAACGCCUACCUCUGUGUGGUGUGCCACUCGGACAUCUGAUCCGCCAUCUGCUACGCCAGGGGUUGAUUAUAUACCCAGCUCUAAGAAAGUGGAAUUUCGCCCAGGGAGAACUGAAGAGUACUGCACCUUGACGAUCCUGGAUGAUGCUCAGUACCCGGUGAUUGAAGGAGUGGAGACGUUUGUGGUGUACUUGAGCUCACCUCAAGGAGCUGAGCUGGCCAAGCCUUUUCAAGCCACGGUUGCCAUUAAUGACACGUUCCAAGAUGUGCCAAAUAUGAAAUUUAGCAAAGAGUUAUACCCAGUGAAAGAGACAGAUGGGAUCCUGCAUGUUCCGAUCAUCCGUACUGGAGACUUGAGCUAUGAGUCCUCUGUCAGAUGUUCUACUCAGAGUCAGACAGCCAGAGUCAUGGAGGACUUUGAGGAAAGGAAGAAUGCUGAGGAGUCCCGUCUCACGUUUCUGAAAGGGGAGAAGGUGAAGAACUGCACUGUCUUAAUCAAUGAUGACUCUGCGUUUGAACCAGAGGAGAAAUUCCAAAUACAUCUGAGCCACCCUCUUGGAAAUCACUGGAGCGGGGCUACCGUGGGGAAGAACCGCAUGGCUACCAUUGUCAUCUCCAAUGAUGAAGAUGCCCCCACGAUUGAGUUUGACGAGGCCGCCUACCAAGUCCGGGAACCUCCUGGGCCUGAGGGUAUCGCCUUCUUAAAUGUCAAGGUGAUCCGAAGAGGUGACCAGAACAGGACUUCUAAAGUUCGUUGCAGCACCCGGGACGGUUCAGCUCAGUCUGGAAUUGAUUACUAUCCGAAGAGUCGAGUCCUCAAGUUCAGCCCUGGCAUGGACCACAUCAUAUUUAAGGUGGAAAUCAUGUCCAAUGAAGAUAGGGAGUGGCACGAGUCGUUCUCCCUGGUAUUGGGCCCAGAUGAUCCAGUUGAAGCGGUCCUGGGGGAGAUCACCACUACCAUAGUCACCAUUCUGGACCAAGAAGCAGCUGGGAGUCUCAUCCUGCCAGGACCUCCUGUUGUAGUUACACUUUCUGAGUAUGACCAUGUAGAAGAAGAAACCAAAGAGGGUGCAAAGAAAUCUCCUUCUCCCGGCUACCCACUGGUCUGUGUGACCCCGUGUGACCCUCACUUUCCAAAGUACUCCAUUAUGAAGGAGCGCUGCAACGAGGCCGGGAUCAACCAGUCAUCCAUACAGUUCAAUUGGGAAGUUGCUACCCCAACCGACGGAAAUGGGGCCAGGUCUCCCUUUGAGACCAUUACAGACAACACACCAUUUACCAGCGUCAAUCACAUGGUGCUAGACAGCAUCUACUUCAGCCGUCGAUUCCACAUACGUUGUGUAGCCAAAGCUGUAGAUAAGGUUGGCCAUGCAGGCACCCCACUGAGAAGCAACAUCGUCACCAUUGGGACCGACAGCGCCAUCUGCCAUACGCCAGUGGUAGCUGGAACAGCCCGGGGGUUCCAAGCGCAGUCGUUCAUUGCCACAUUGAAGUAUCUGGAUGUCAAGCACAAGGAACAUCCCAACAGGAUCCAUAUCUCAGUGCAGAUCCCUCACCAAGAUGGGAUGCUUCCACUCAUCUCUACGAUGCCUCUCCACAACCUGCAUUUCCUCUUGUCGGAGUCCAUUUACAGGCACCAGCAUGUCUGUUCCAACCUAGUCAGUGUCCAAGACCUUAAGGGCAUCUCAGAAGCUGGAUUCCUAGAUGAAGUGAGCUAUGAUAGUCUCGUUCUGGGGCCUGGCUAUGAUCGGGCAUACCAGUUCGAUCCCAGCGUGAGAGAACCCAAGACUAUCCAGCUUUACAAACAUCUUAACCUGAAGAGUUGCAUUUGGACUUUCGAUGCUUACUAUGACAUGACAGAAUUAAUCGAUGUCUGUGGGGGAUCAGUCACUGCCGACUUCCAGGUUCGAGAUUCAGCACAGUCCUUCCUGACAGUCCAUGUUCCACUCUAUGUGUCCUAUAUUUAUGUGACCGCACCUAGAGGGUGGGCUUCCCUGGAACAUCACACCGAGAUGGAAUUUUCUUUCUUCUACGAUACUGUUCUCUGGAGGACAGGUAUUCAGACUGACAGCGUCCUUUCUGCUAGGCUGCAGAUCAUCAGGAUCUACAUCAGAGAGGAUGGCCGGCUGGUCACUGAGUUCAAGACUCAUGCCAAAUUCAGAGGACAGUUUGUAAUGGAGCAUCACACUCUCCCCGAUGCAAAAUCUUUCAUAAUGACCCCGGAUCACCUGGGAGGGAUUGAGUUUGACCUGCAGCUUUUAUGGAGCGGUCAGACCUUUGAUUCUCCUUAUCAGCUCUGGAGAGCAACUAGUUCCUACAGUAGGAAGGACUACUCUGGAGAAUACACCAUCUACUUAAUCCCAUGUACCGUGCAGCCCACCCAGUCAUGGGUAGAUCCAGGGGACAAGCCUUUGCCCUGCACCGCACAUGCGCCCGAAAAAUUUUUGAUCCCAAUUGCCUUUCAGCAAACUAACCGUCCAGUUCCCGUCGUGUAUUCUCUGAACACUGAAUUUCAGCUCUGCAAUAAUGAGAAAGUGUUUCUCAUGGACCCAACGAAAUCAGAAAUGUCAAUGGCAGAGAUGGACUACAAAGGUGCUUUCUCAAAAGGUCAAAUCCUGUAUGGACGAGUCAUGUGGAAUCCUGAACAAAACCUUAAUUCAGCCUACAAGCUGCAGCUGGAGAAGGUCUACCUCUGCACUGGGAAGGAUGGCUACGUGCCUUUCUUUGACCCAACUGGAACCAUCUAUAACGAAGGACCCCAAUAUGGCUGCAUCCAGCCCAGCAAGUACCUGAAGCAUCGUUUCCUCCUGCUGGACCGGAAUCAACCAGAAGUGACUGACAAAUAUUUCCAUGACGUACCUUUUGAUGCCUGCUUUGCCUCAGAUCGGCCUGAUUUUCACCUGGUCAGCAACAUGCCUGGAGUGGAUGGAUUCAUCAUGAAAGUAGAUGCACUCUAUAAGGUGGAAGCUGGACACCAGUGGUACCUUCAGGUGAUCUAUGUUAUCGGCCCCGAGACCAUUGCAGGACCUCGGGUACCCCGUUCGCUUCUACACCAGCUGACACGCAGCCGCCGUGAUCUUGCAGACCACAAGGUUGGAGCGAUGCUGGACGACUCCUUGAUCUAUGACAACGAAGGCGACCAGGUCAAAAAUGGCACAAAUAUGAAGCCUCUCAGCUUAGAUCAGGACGAGGCUGUCACCGCGGCCUCUCUGUCACAGAUGGGGGCUUCGAUUGGGAGCGCCUUGGCGGCUGUCAUGCUUCUGUUUCUCAUGCUCUUGGUCACUUGCUUUGUGACCAGAAAGUGCCGGAAGCACCGGAAAAAGAAAAUGGCGACGGCCAAAGACUUCAUGGAGGUGUAUCCCCUCAACACCAAAGUGGAGGCGGCCAAGAAAAGCACAGAGAGGGUGGAAAAGAACGUCAACAGACAAUAUUGCACUGUGAAGAACUUGAACGUUUUCUACGAAAAGGAGAGUGCCUACAAGGUCAGCGGGGCAAAGGUCAAGCAAGUGAACUUGGAGGUGAAAGUUCACAACAAUUUACAUGAUGGAACAGAAGUUUAAUAGCCUGAACACAUAUUUGGGGUGGGGUGGUCAUAUCUUUUUUAUAAAUUGUUUUAAAAAAGGGAAAAAAGAACUAUACUUUAAAAAAAAACACCAUCCUGGUAUUUUUAUAGCAAUCAUGUGAGAGAAGGGGAGAUUGACACCCAUCUGUUUUUCCUUGCCUGGGCGGUGUACAAGCGGCGCAUCUUGGCAAGCGUCCACUCCACAACGGAGCUACCUCACUGGAACCAGAAUCGUGUGAGGCUGCCAAAACAGGGAAGCACUGAAUCACCUCUUCUGGAUCACCUCUUAGCAGCAUUCCAUUCUUCUAGGGGUCCCAAAUUGGCUCCGCUCUCCCUUGGCUAUCUUCUCACUGCCAGCCUUGAUCAGUUAGUUAGAAACCAGAAGGUGCCACAUGCAAAGGAGGCUCCAGUGGAGCUAGGAGAAAAGCACAACAGGACUUUUGUGGGUGGAAGAUCAACCUUCCCACCAGAUUUUUACUUUCUUUCAGACUGCUGGCUGUAGCAAGGUGUGCGCUUGUCAUAAGGCCCACCUUGGUGCCAACUUACUGUAUGUGGGUUUAUCUAGGUUGGAACAUCAGCCUACUUGAGUGGACGUGAAAUGUUCUGCAGUUCCGAUGAAAGCAAGGAGACAUGGAACGACCUCUCCUUGAACCAUGCAGAAUUGUAGUCCUGUUUAUUUGACUUAAUAGCACUGAAGGUAUCUCCCACUCUGGCCUCGCAUAGAAAUGCUGCAAUAAGUACCAAAUAAGUCUAGGGCCAGGGUUCAGGCACCCCUCCAUAUGUUGCUCCCAAAGCAAAGUAAAGCUUAUAGAUCACCCCAUACUGUUUAAAGCACUCUCUGAGUGGUUUGAAAUAUAAUUAUGCAGGCUACACAUUGCCCCCCCCCCCGA